GUGGAAUACGCCGUGUUCUCGUUCGCUCGGGGCUCGAGAGUCCAGAAUAAUCUUUCUGUGCACAGAGUAGGAGAGAGGAGGGGGAGAGGGAACACCUCCGAGAUGAACGUUGUCUGACUCACGUCCCCUUACAAACAAACUGCGUGCUUUAUUGACACUUUUCUUCGACUCAACUUGAUAAAAGACGUCAACAACGCGAGGAGACGUUGGGACACAUCGCUGCGCGUGUGCUGUGCAACUUAAAAGCGCGAGUGACAAGCCUUCUGCCAACAAACAGGAGAUGUGCAGGACGAGCUGCAGCACGGCAGAGCAUUGUAGGAUUUCACUCGUCGACUAUUUGUAAACACGGACUGCUCUGGGACAGUCAAGUUGUGGGGUUUUGUCCAGAAAGAGCUCCGCGGGUGUGUGACAAGUCUUGGUAAUCUAAGAAGGGGGCACCAAUGGCCCACCGUGUGCACGAGCACCGCCAGGGCCGCAUGCCUGUGGCCCAAACUACUGUGCUGACCCUCCCACCGUCCAGCCAAGCAAAGGACCUGAGACCCAGAUUGACCCCUCUGGACUCUCUGCUGUGUGGCGCAUUCGCUGGAGCUGUGGCCAAAACCGUCAUUGCACCUCUGGACCGCACCAAGAUCAUUUUUCAAGUGUCUUCAAAGAGAUUCUCAGCAAAGGAGGCCUUCAGGGUGAUCUACUGCACGUACAUGAAGGAUGGAUUCCUCAGUCUGUGGAGGGGGAACUCUGCCACCAUGGUGCGGGUCAUGCCCUACGCUGCCAUCCAGUUUUGCUCACACGAGCAAUACAAGAAACUCCUGGGGGGCUACUAUGGCUUCCAGGGCAAAGCGCUGCCUCCUUUCCCACGGCUACUGGCGGGGUCUCUGGCCGGUACGACCGCUGCCAUGCUAACUUACCCCUUGGACAUGGUCCGAGCCAGGAUGGCUGUCACCGCUAAAGAAAUGUACAGUAACAUCAUGCAUGUCUUUGUACGCAUCUCCCAAGAAGAAGGUGUAAAGACACUGUAUAAAGGUUUCACUCCCACCAUCUUGGGUGUUAUCCCAUACGCAGGGAUCACGUUUUUUACCUACGAGACCCUCAAAAAGCUCCACGCAGAUAAGACGAAGCGAUCUCAGCCAUACCCUUAUGAGCGCUUGGCGUUUGGAGCCUGUGCGGGCCUGAUUGGACAGUCGGCUUCGUACCCUCUGGAUGUGGUGCGCCGGCGCAUGCAGACAGCCGGCGUGAUCGGCUCCUCCUACACAACCAUCCUGGGGACCAUGCGCGAGAUUGUGAAGCAGGAAGGCAUCAGGCGUGGACUGUACAAAGGCCUGAGCAUGAACUGGGUGAAAGGGCCCAUCGCAGUGGGAAUUAGCUUCACCACGUUUGACGUUAUGCACAACUUGCUGCUGAAGCUGCACCAGAUGGGCUACUCCAUCCACUGAACCAGCGGGGGUGGCUGAAGAACGAUAACGGAGGGAAAGUACAGAUGCGACCUGCAUGAGGAAAGGGAGCGGAGUCCGUUUCGUGGCUGUGACGAGUCUCUGCUCUGUGCAGGACUUUCCUCACUCCUGUUUCCUACAGAGGAUGUCAGAGACGCGAAUAAGCCGACAGGAGAUCUGUUCUGCAAGGAUACGCAUUAUCAAAAGCUUGGCCUAAUGCAAAGGGAUCUCUAGCUUUGCAGAAAGGCACAAAAAAUAAGUUUUUUCUAUCAUGGAAUGGUUAAAACAUGUCUGAGAAACGCGGUACCACUAGAAUGAUAGAUGGCAAAGGAGUUAAAUUGCACUUUAUCAGAAUUUCCCCUUCUGUUGAUCCUACUUUAUCAAAAACAAAUCAGAUUUUUUUCAUGUGCUUCCUUUCAUCUUUUUUGUACAAGAGACAUUUUAAAUAUUUUAUUUUUAUUUUUCUAUGGCACAGCAUGUGAUGAUACAUGGUUAUGUGCAACUAAAGACAGAUUUAGCAGGUUUAAAUUUUAUGAUGGUGCCAGUGUGGAUUUUAUUUCCCAUUGAAAGGAAAACAAUUGAUUGUGACUGUUAAAUUUUCACUUACCAAUCCAUCUAACACCGUGUAACUCCAUCUGUGUCUUAGAUGAUCGUAAGUGUUGCUAAUCAAACUUAUUACAAACAAAAACAUAUGAAUAUGAAAGACUUUAGUCGGUAUGUAAAAUUAUUGCGAUUUAAGCAUUUAAAAAAAAAAUUUUAAAUUUGUUUUGCUCACAUUGUUGUAUAGAUUUUCUCAAAGCCGUCACUUGAAUGUAUGGCAUGUCUUUUUUUUCAGUCAUAAUUUUUAUGUUUCUGUAGAAGAAAAUCAUGCUUAUUGCCACAUUUUCAGAGGGAUUUUUUUUUUUGCCCAAAGACGUUUACAGUAUGAUGACCGUGCAAUAAACUGUUUAUUCACAACAUUGA